AUGCGUGCCUCGAUCAUACUUUUUACUCCAGCUCUGGUUGCUCUCGCAGCCCCCGGUGCCGUUGUCCAUGACGUUCGAAAUAUCGACUGGGAAGCCGCACUUCUCGGCACAACCAAUGGCCUCGAGAAGCGAGCACGAAGCGAAGUCUCUAUCGACACUGUUUUCAAGAAACUCGGAAAAAAAUAUUUUGGAACUUGCGCCGACAGAAGUUUAUUGAAUAAUGCCCAAAAUUCAGAAAUCAUCAAGGCGGAUUUUGGUCAAAUAACACCUGAGAACUCGUAUGUUUUCUUCUCUAAGCCGACUGAUAAGAAUAGGCGACUAAUCACUUCAACAUACAGUGGCAAGUGGGACACGAUCGAAUCGUCACAAAAUAACUUCAACUUUGGAAAUUUGGAUUUCUUGGUUGAUUGGGCCACGACGAAUGGAAAGGUUGUGAGAGGUCAUACCACUGUUUGGCAUUCACAAUUGCCAGGUUGGGUUUCGUCUAUCAACAAUAAGCAAACCCUUACUACUGUCAUUCAAAACCACGUAACCAAAGAGAUUGGAAGAUAUGCUGGCAAGGUUCUUCAAUGGGUAUGUCGUUUCUCCUCCGAGAAUAAAGCAAUUACUGCAGUGCGCUGACAUUGAUAUUUAGGAUGUUAUCAACGAGAUGUUUAGCGAAUCUGGCGGCCUUCGUGACUCGGUAUUUUCCCGUGUUUUGGGCGAGGACUUUGUCCGUAUCGCAUUUGUAGCUGCAAGGGCGGCUGACCCAGCUGCCAAACUAUACAUCAACGAUUACAAGUAAGUAAACUCCAAGCAUCUCAGAUUCUCGGACACUAAGAAGUCUUAGCACCGUUGAGAAAGGAGCAAACUAUGCCAAGACAACCGGCAUGAUUAACUACGUGAAAAAAUGGAUCGCAGCAGGAAUCCCAAUUGACGGAAUCGGUGCACAAGCUCACCUCAUGGCGAACGAAGGGGCAAAUGUACCGGCCUCCUUGAAAGCCCUUUGCGCCAUAGUAUCAGAAUGUGCGCUCACUGAAGUCGAUAUCGUGAACGCCUCGGCUAAUGACUAUAUCAAUACUGUUAAAGCAUGUGUCGACAUCGCCAACUGCGUUGGUAUCACUGUAUGGGGAGUUCGUGAUCCGGAUUCAUGGAGAGCGUCAAACAAUCCCCUUUUGUUCAACUCGGGGUAUGCAACUAAACCUGCAUACGCUGCCUUGGUCAGUACCUUGGCGGUUAUGGCUCCUGCUGCUACUCGUAGCCCCGUGAGUGCUUCUACUACUUUGCACGCAGUGGUUGCUGAGCCGACAUUAUAA